AUCCCGAGGGGAGGAAACCCACAGGACCCCUCACCUCUUCCCAUCAGCAGCCCGGCCAGCCUGACGCACCGUAAGCGGGGCUGGGAGCGGGAGCCCGGACGGCAGCUCCGCUCCCGGUGCGGCUCCCGAGGGACGGCCGCGUCGGGCUCGCUGCCUGCUUCUCUGCGUGCCGCCGGCUCUUCAAGGUCAUCCGCCGUCUCGCUUGGUCGGGCGCGAUCCCGCCGCGCUCCCACCUCUUCCCCUCCCCAUCCCCAUCCUCAUCCUCAUCCCCAUCCCCAUCCCCAUCCCCUACCUCAUCCUCAUCCUCAUCCUCAUCCUCAUCCUCAUCCCCAUCCCCAUCCCCAUCCCCAUCCCAUCCCGUCCCCCCCGCCUCCGCCGCGGCCCUCCCACCGCGGCUCUGCCCGCCCUCCGCCGCGCCGGGCGCGGGCGCGGGAGCGGCGCUGCGCUGCGGCGGGGCCGGGGGCCGGGGUCCGGCGGGCGGCGAGCGCUGCCGCCGUGCCGCGGCUGGGGGCCAUGCCGCCGCGCCGCCCGCCCGCCGCGCCGCCCCGCCGCCCGCCCGGAGACCGGCGAGGCAGCGCCCAGCGGCGGGCGGGAUAAUGCGGCUGCCCAGCCCGCAGGCACCGCCAGCGGGGCGCCCCCGCCGCCAUGUCCCCCCCGGCCUCGGCCGCCGCCACCAGCGAGGGAGGCAGCAGCACACCGGUGCCUCCGGAGGAGGAGGCGGAGGGGGCCCGAGAGGAGCAGCGGCCGGUGAAGCAGUCUCUCAGCAAGUCCUUGUGCCGAGAGUCCCACUGGAAAUGCCUGCUGCUGUCCCUCCUCAUGUACGGCUGCAUGGGAGCCAUGACCUGGUGCCAUGUCACCAAGGUGACCCGGCUGACAUUUGACAGCGCUUACAAGGGCAAGUCCAUGAUGUACCACGACAGCCCCUGUUCCAACGGCUACGUCUACAUCCCCUUGGCCUUCCUGGUGAUGCUCUACGUGGUGUACCUGGUGGAGUGCUGGCACUGCUACACCCGCAACGAGCUGCAGUACAAAGUGGACGUGGAGAGCGUGCACGAGCGUGUGCAGCGGAUGCAGCAGGCGACACCCUGCAUCUGGUGGAAGGCCAUCAGCUACCACUACGUCCGCAGGACCCGGCAGGUUACCCGCUACCGCAACGGGGAUGCCUACACCACCACCCAGGUGUAUCACGAGAGGGUCAACACCCAUGUGGCAGAGGCCGAAUUCGAUUAUUCCAACUGUGGAGUUAAGGACAUCUCCAAGGACCUCAUUGACCUAGAGAGCUACCCGGCCACGCGGCUCCGCUUCACCAAGUGUUUCAGCUUUGCCAACGUGGAGUCGGAGAACUCCUACCUGACCCAGCGGGCCCGCUUCUUCACAGAGAAUGAGGGCUUGGAUGACUACAUGGAGGCCAGGGAGGGCAUGCACCUCAAAAACGUGGACUUCAAGGAAUACAUGGUGGCCUUUUCCGACCCAGACAACCUGCCUUGGUAUGUAUCCCACUAUGUCUUCUGGGUGGCGGCUCUGCUGACCCUAUCCUGGCCCCUGCGGGUGCUAAAUGAGUACCGCACCUCCUAUGUCCAUUACCAUGUGGAGAAACUCUUUGGGUUCGACUACGUGGCGGUGACGCCGGCCGAGGAGCGCUCCUUCUGCCGGAGGAUGCCCCGUGUCAACACGGUGGACAGCACCGAGCUGGAGUGGCACAUCCGAUCCAACCAGCAGCUGGUGCCCAGCUACUCGGAAGCGGUCCUGAUGGACUUGGUGGGGCUGUCUGGCUGCACCAGCUACUCUGCUUGCCGGUACGGGGGCUACCGGCAGAACUGCGAGCGGUGCCACAGGACUAUAAGCAGCUCCUCCAUCUUCUCCCGCAGUGCCCUGAGCAUCUGCAACGGCAGCCCCAGGAUCCCCUUCAGCAGCAGCCGCUUCUCCCUCGGCCGCCUGUACGGCUCGCGACGCAGCUGCCUCUGGCAGAGCCGGAGCGGGAGCCUGAACGAGCAGAGCUGCCCCACGGAGCAGACCCGCCUCUCCAGCCAGGUGACUGUAGAGGAGGAAGACCCCCCUCCUUACCAGGACGCCCUCUACUUCCCCAUCCUCAUCGUGCACCGCAAUGAAGGCUGCCUAAACCACGACCACCGUCACCUCCACCGCAACGGGUCCUGUGUAGAGACCUCACUGUGAAAGCAGAGGCCGGUAAGAUCUCGUUGUCCAUUGCCUGGCUGGAGCCAGCGCAGGAUUUGAGGAGAGGAGCGCAGGGGAGGCAGAUGGCCCAGGAGGACAUCAGGAUGGAGCGGACAGAGCAUCUCGCUCCAGCAGCCAGCAAAAGCUCCCCAUGCCGUAGCCCUGACCUCCCGGAGGGGUGAGUGCUGAUGCUCGCCCUGUGACACGGCACAGAACUCUAGACUGACCAUCACAUGCAAAAAAAAAAGAACCCAAACCAACCCCAACACCGUAAUUCAUGGCAUCAAGAUCCAAAGGGGGGAAUAAAAAGACAGGCCUGAUGCAGGGAGGAGGGUGCUUUGUCUCCCAGCCCUGGCUCCAGGCUGGCUUGUGCUCUGAGGAACCAGCAGCCACCAGAAAGCGCCCUGCUGCACCUCUGCCCACCCCGCUGCCCAUGCUGGAGUGACACCUCUCGCAGGGUGCAGGGGAACAGGUUCCUUGGGAGAGGCGUGUCACUGCCUGUGCCUACAGGUCUGGGGCAUCCAGGCACGUGGAGCUGAGCGGCAAGGUUAGAGCAAAGGCUGAAAGCCACAAAUCCAGCUCUUCCCCUUCCCCCCGACUGUUCCCACCCUCCCCACUGUUUUUUUUAGACCAUGCUCCGACUGUUAACUCUGUUCUCACUGCUGGGAAUGGCACCGCCUCCAGAGGAUCCCAGGCUCAGCUCCUUAGGAAGCUUCAGCACGCCAGCUCUGAGAGUCAGCAUCCCCUAGGUAAAGGGCUUUCUCUUUGGGAUUACAGCAGGCAGGCAGCACCAGGGAAGGGAUGAAUGUGUGAACCCAGAUGGAGUGGAGAUCUGCGGCGCUUCUGAUCUGCUUGCUGGAGGAGAGCUCAGCUGGAAAGAGAAGAUGGGAGGCCCCUGCUGAGCUGGGGAAUGGGGAGAGGAUGGCACUGGGACAGGCAUCGUGGUAAUAAGUGACACAUAAAGUGGCCGAGGUCCCUUCCUGGCUUUGAAGUGAGUCCUAAUUGGUUCCAACAAGCAUCAAGGAAGGCUCUGAGUUCGUGUUGGGACUUGGCCAACAUGGAUGAAUGUUGAAUAUAUACUAUCUCUGCAAGCAGUAGGUUGAAUUGUUCUGCUCUACUGCCUCCAUCACAGCUGCUCUGCCAAGGGAAACAUUAUGCCUAUGGAUGCGAUCUCUUCAACUCCCUCAAAAGCAAGAUAACAAGCAGGUUGACCUCCACCACACUGAGAGAGGAGCCUUCUCCCACAGGACUACAGCCUUUCCACAUAGGAGGGAAAAGAGGUCCCAAGGACAGAACUGAACCUUCAAGAUCCGUGGCGUCCCCUUCCUCCUUCCCUCCUCACCUUGUCUGUGUGUCCUGGGGGAGGGACAGUUUCUUGUGGAGGUCAGCAAGCUCCUCUUCCUGCAGCUCAUAAACAGGCUCUACUAAGAGGUACAUCAACCACCUAUGCAACACGUCCAGAAGCUGCCAAGUUUUCAGGAGCCCAUUGCAAUGUGCAGCAUGACCAUCCAGCACUGCGAAUAAGCACAGUGGCUGCUGGAAAGCUAAGUGGGUUUUAUUCCUCCUCCCCACCAAGGAAGACUGUUUUUGUUGGGCCUUUUUGUUCGUUUGUUUUGGUUUUGAUAACUUCAUUUGGGAAAAUUAAGCUUGUGAGAAAUUGGUGCCCAUCCUGAACCCUCCCUGGUCUUUUGAACUUUGGGAAUGGAUGGAUCCCCUACUGUGAUUAUAAUUUAGCGGAUUUUGUAGAGCAAACUUCACACACAGGCACAUGAGGUUCUUUCCAUCAGCACAAGCUGCUUCUGUGAUCUUAGCUACUCACAUUAGUGAAAGAAAAAGCCUAGCUAGAACGUGGUGAGAUGACUUAGUAUUUUGUAUCGGUCCCAUGGUCACAAUGUCCAUUAGCAGUGCCAUCAGCUGCCGUGCCAUGAAUUUGGACUUUGAAUGGCAGUCCAUGAACCAGUCAGGGUGAAAAUGUUUGGAAAAGCCCAAGCCUGAGUCUAUAUGUGUCUGCAGAAGCAGCUGCACAGAGAGGAUCAGCUGAAAGCAGGCAUCACCUCCUCCUCAGCCACGCUAGAGGCUGGUGGGCUCUGUUUGUGCUGCACUUUCCCUCCCAGAGUGAACCUGUCCCCAGGGGCCAAGCAGAGGGAAAGGAAAGUAAUUGUGUGUCUGAUCAAGCAGCAUGCACAGCACCAUUCAGCAGGCUGGGGAAAAGCGGUGACAAGUAGAGCCCAAAAUAACAGCAUUUCACUUUGGAAAUGCCAACGGCUUUUUAAAACUGACGUGAGACCAAAAGGCCAUAAUGGUGGUGAGAAGUGUUCCAGGUUGCUGUUCCUUGCUGAAAAAAAAUAGAUUUUUGAUGAUGGGGUGGGUUUAAACACUCCAGCCAGCUCUGUUAGACAUGUGCAGUGCUGGUACCAGGAGAAGAAAUGCUCAAGGAAGAUUGGGAUGGUGGCCCUGUUGCUACGCAGGGGGAUAGCGUGAUAAGGAAUGAAGGCUGGAGUUUAAAGGCUUCCUCUGCCCCUGGAGGUGUGACCUGGCUGCUCACCCAGGCGUUUGUGCAUGUCAGUGGGCUUCUGCAUGGUUGUGUGCAUGUCCAGGACCCCCAGCCCUGCAGAGGGUUGGUGUGUUUGUGGCUGUGGUCUGGUGUCACCCACCCGUCCUUGCGGCAAGGGCUUUGUUUGGUGACAGAGCAUUGCUGCUUCCUUGUGAGUGGAAACUCCUGACCUGAUUUUUGUGGGGAGAUGGUGUGAAGUGUCACAUUUGCUGCAGCGAGUGGCAGGGAGCAGGGAUAAAAGCAUGGAGCAAGCUGUGUUUGAGAACAAGCUAAUCCCUUUCCUGAAACGGGAGAGCUGCUGGAUCUGCUCCCUGGCCAGCACUGUCCAGCUCUUCCCACCCUCCCAAACCUGAUGUGCAAACUGUUAUUCCUCUGAGGAGCCAAAGCAACCCCUCCCCUGAACUCCUCCAAGGCUGUGCAUUUGCAUCAUUUUGGUCCUCUCUGUGCUAGCACUGUGGGCAGCUGUGAAAUGCCAGUGGAUGUGUGAUGAUCUCAGGCAUGCUGGUGGCCAGACCUCACCAUGACCUGCUGGUUUGCCUGCAUACAGCCUCCCAACAAUGCUUCUGGUUGUGAGGCAGCACACCCUGGCCUCACUUUUGCACCACUUUAUGCUCUCCCAGAGAAUUUCACAGCACUUCUCUGAGCCUUUGUAGACAGGGUAAGUUCAACAGACCAAAGGUAGAAAACAGAAGGCCUUGACAUUUUGGUCGUCUCCAGGUUCCUGGUGCUGUCUCUUGGCAGAAGAGGCACAUGAGCUGUUGUGGCAGUGUGGGACCAGGGGACAGUGUGUCUUCUGGGUGAGUUUCCAAACACAGGCUCUGCUUCUUUGCUGGGACCAAGGGCAGCUUUGCUAUGGGCUGAACAAGGCACACCUGAUGGAGGAGCUAGCUGAGGAGGGCAAAAUAGUAUGUGAAUGCUCAGCAAGACAUGGGGAGAGGAGGAGAUGUUGAAGAACAGCUGUAAAAGGCUUUUCGGAUGUGAUGUCUUUGCCCCAAGACAUGAGGCAAGACAGGGCUGAAGGCUGCUCUGCUGGAACAGUGGUGCUGCGAGGCAGGGAGGGUAGGGGUAGUAGAGAUAGUAGGGCAUUUGAUGGAGAAGCCCAGGAAUAAAGCAGGCUUUCCGAGCAGGCUGAGGAUGCUCUGGGCCGGGGAGACAGGCAGGAGGCAUUUCCAAGCUGAGGUGCCCAGACCAAGCCUUUCUGUAUUGUCAGAGCAGUGAUGCUGCCUCCGAGCCCAGCACUGACAGUUCGAGCACGUGUCACCAAACAGCAAUGGCUAAUGCAGCCACAAGGUGUAAAUGUCACUAAUGAAUAAAUUGCCUUGUGCCUUGGAGAGGCCAAUCCAUCACAGCCAGGGACAGGGAUCUGACAGGCUUGGCUAUUUCAGGCGUAGCCUGUAGGGAGGAGGAACGCUUCAUUUCUGAGCCAUCCACUCCACCUAGGGAAGCUGAUACAAGGCUUGGUCCUGCGCUGCUCAGGCUUCAUCCCUCUUCACUGCAAUGGAAGGAAGAAGCAGGAGGGGGUCUAGAUUAGCCAAAAGUGCCCUGUCUGCAGGGCAGUGUGUGAGCCCCAGCCGAGGCUAGCUGGAGAUGGAGUUUUGAGGAGGCUGCUGCACACAGGGCACAUGUGCUGUAGGUGCUGACAGGAUAAAGCUGUGUAUCCCCAGUGACCCCGAGGGCUUGUGUCAGUUGUCUUUUCCCCCCCUGCUGUUGAACCCCAGCCACCAGCACCUCGGCUGGCUGUCAGGGGGCCAGCAGGUACGUGGCAGGCAAGGACAGAAGCUCAGUGUGGACAAAUCCAGCUCUGGGGAAACAAAGGGAGGCUGAACGCAGCAACCAUUUCCAGGCACAACCUCUGCCCAUCCCCACGGCAGCCUGCUCCUCCACCCCCAGUUGGUGCUUGAAAUCAACCUGCCAUCCUGUUUACAGCAUAUGCCAGCAUGACACCUUGCAAAUCGAUGCCUGGGUCGCUGUGAGCAGAAGCCGCCAGGCUUGGGAAGCCAGCCAUGGGCUCCUGCUGCUGCGUGUGCUGUGCUCGGAGCAGCAGAAGCAGGGCUUGCCAUCUGCUGCAGGAGGGAGCCAGCCAGACACCCCUGCUCCGGCCUGAUGGGCACCCACUGGCAUAGCCCAAGUGCAAGCCCUUGUGUCAUUCCCCCUGCUUUACUUCCCAGCCACCCUCUUGUCUCUCCCCAUGUCUGUGGCACAUGGGCAAGGGGAUGCUCCCAGCUUGGCUGGGGGUCCUCUGCUGCUGCUGAGUGCUGCUCACACUGCAUUGGUGCAAGGGAGAGAAGACCAGCUCCCAGGCAAAGUGCCAAGGUUGUUCCCUCCUCAGAUGGAGGCCCACAGCUGACCCCCUCCUCAAAGCCCUGCAGCACUCCUUGGGGAUGGAUCUCAUGGAAGAGCUAAAGGGUUCAUACUGGCCCUUCCCAGCACAGAGUGACCUGUUGGUUACCGCUCUGCAUGGCAGUCCCAAACCACGGUAACCAGACCUGGACCUCACAAGUGACCCACCAAUGACAGGAGUGUUCACACUCAGACAAUCUGCUGUUGCUGUCAGGACUUUCAUUUUUACCAACAUGUAUGGCAUUUGAAGUAGUUUCAACCCUUGCAGACUGGCAGAUAGCAGGCUCUUGAUGUGGGCAAGUAGUGCAGCCUGCUCAGUUUAGGCUUUUCUGUUUGGCUAGGAGAUUGAUGGGAGGGAAGGCAAAGGGGUGUCCAGGAGCAGGUUUGGAGGGUGCUGACAGCCUUGGCCAUUUGCAGGAAAGGAGAUGUGAGUAUCCUUGGAAAGCAAGUCAACAGUUGUUGUGGUGAUGAUAUGUUUUCCCAAGCCCUUUUCUUUCCAUCCCUGUUCCUCACUGGCUCUGGCAGCCAGUUCCUCCUGUGUCUGCUAGCGUACCUGAGAGAUCUCAUCGCUGCCCUCCCAGCACGAGCUUUCAUUGCACAACUGGCUGACCAGAUGCAGCCCUGUACUUGGAGCUACAGCCAGGCUUGACUAGGACCAGGCCACCUCCAUUAAGCCCCCACCCUCGCUGCUGGAGCUGUUCCUUCAUCAGCCUAAUGCCGACCUGGGUCUUUUCUGCUGUUUCUGAACACGAGUUCUCAUCUCAUUCAGGUGUGUCAUUCAGUGGAAAUAUUUUGUAAAUGCAAAUAAAAAGAAAUAAAUCUAUUCAAUACCUCGGUCUCGAGGAUGGGAAGCAAGGUGUGGGAGAUGCCCGGGUAGGGAGGUUUCACAGUUGCUGCUGCUGGCUAGGGUUUCUUGUGGACAGAGCCCCUGGAACACCCAUGGGAGCUACACAGGCCUGUGAGGGCUUGGGGCUGAGCCCUGUCAGCACCCCUGGCAUGGCCGCCACUGCUGGGAACAGCCUCACACUCCAUCCUUUCUGAUCUAUAAGGGCAUGACAUGGCACAGGUAAAGGUCCUGUCGGCUGGCAGCCAGCGGCACCACGGGUGUCUGUAUCCAUCAGGCAGAGCAAGGCAGAAGCGGGUAACGUGGCGAACAGAUUCUUUUGUGAACACUGGGAAACAGUUUUUACUUUUCAACUCUGUCAAUAUGAUCUAGCUCUGUCUGUCUCUCUAUAUAUGUACAAACAGUAUAUCACAAUGUUGCCUUUUUUGUUGGAAAUAUCAAAGUACAAAGAUUGUAAACCAAAUCGGUGUAAUAAAAGUUUCGGAUGAUUCACUGA